AGAAAGAAAAACCCAUUCGCAGUUUCUCUCACACCCAAUCUUGAAUCUUCCUCUUUUCUAUUCGAUUUUCCUCUCAAAAUCGGAGAAAUUUUCUAUCUUUUUCGCAUUGAGAAACCAUCAAGUUAUUGCAAUUUGGUUUACGUUUCUUUGAUUCGGGUCAAUCCGCGAUUGUGUUUUCAAAUAAAGAUUGGUAUUUGUAUUGGAAAUUUGUUGUUUUCGUGAAAACAACAGAUUCUUAAAGCCUUUCAAUUGAUACCCAGCUACGCCCGAUUCAAAAUCUGCUGAUUUUUUUUUAUGUUUCAGAGAGAAACAUCACUGAAUUCGAGUUCAGCUUUUGUUUGUUUGGUUUAGAAAUCGUUGAAAUCGAUGGAGAAAGCUGAAGGAGGGGAUGUGCCGCCGAAAAAACUCGCGAGGCAGCUGGAUUUUACAGGACAUGGCGCCGCAUCCGGAGCUGUCACGUUGCCGGAACAUCCUCAGCGGUCGGCGGCGGCUCAACCUCAGCUACUGCGACCGCUGCCUCUUACAAUGGCUCAGAUGCAGUCACCGACGCAGCAGCAAACGAUGCUUUUGAUGCCGAUGCAAACCCAGAUGCCUUAUUCUUCCAUUCGUCCUGUAAAGCCGGAAUCUCCCAGGACACGCCAGAGAGCAAAUGCUGAUGUUAAAGAUGGUACUCCAAAGAAGCAAAAGCAGUGUAACUGUAAACAUUCAAAAUGCUUGAAGCUGUAUUGUGAAUGUUUUGCAUCUGGCAUCUAUUGUGAUGGGUGCAACUGUACCAAUUGCCACAAUAAUGUUGAACACGAGCCUGCAAGGAGAGAGGCAGUCGAAGCAACCUUAGAGCGGAAUCCAAAUGCAUUCAGACCAAAAAUUGCUAGUAGCCCACAUGGUGCGAAAGAUAGUAGGGAGGAAGCUCGGGAUGUCUUGGUGUUGGGGAAACACAACAAGGGUUGUCACUGCAAGAAAUCUGGAUGUCUGAAGAAAUAUUGCGAGUGUUUUCAAGCAAACAUUCUCUGUUCUGAAAAUUGCAAAUGUAUGGACUGCAAAAAUUUUGAAGGGAGCGAAGAGAGACAAGCUCUCUUCCAAGGAGAACAUACAAAUGUCGCUUACCUCCAGCAGGCAACAAAUGCUGCCAUAACUAAUGCCAUUGGUUCUUCAUCUGGCUUUGGAUCCCCUCAAUUAACCAAGAAGAGAAAAGGUCAAGAACUCUUCUUUCCCACCAAAGAUUCACCCACUCACAAGCUUCCACAUUUCCAACAGGCGAACCAGGUAAAAUCAUCUGCACAUUCUCCUUCCAUGUCUAACAUUGCUGUUGGCCAUGCUGCAAAUUUGGGUCCUUCAAAGUUUACUUACAGGUCUCUCUUAGCUGAUAUAAUUCAACCAGAGGACUUAAAGGAACUUUGUUCGGUUUUAGUUGUACAUUCAGAAGAAGCUGCAAAGACACUGACAGACAAAAAGGAUGAAAUGGAUGAACAGACUGAAGAACAGAAAGAAAAUUCAGUAGUCUCCUCAACUCAAGACAGGUUAGAAAACCAAAAAGAUGCAACUGAAAGAAGUACAACUGAUGCUAGUCCGAGUGGCAUCGCAGCUGAUAGAAACAACAAUCCAGAUUCAUCCGGUUCAGAUGCUGCUCCAAAAGAAGGAAAACCGAUGUCUCCAGGAACUCUAGCACUAAUGUGCGAUGAGCAAGAUUCCAUUUUUAUUUCUGCUUCUUCCCCAAAAGAGACCAACCAUAACACUUCUUCAAAGCUGUCUAGCGGACAAAAGAUGUCAGACAUUUACAUAGAACAAGAAAGAAUUGUAUUGACAAAGUUUCGAGAUUGUCUAAACAAGCUUAUUACCUUGGGAGAAAUAAAAGAGUCGGAAUGUUCUUCGCUGGCUAGAACUGGAUUGGCUAUCAGCAAUGGUGGUUCCGACAAUGAAUGCAGGGUAGGAUCAACAACUGUUUCGGAAAACGGGGAUACCAAAGUAAAGAGUACUCAUAAUUCAUAGGUGAAGAAUUAAGGUAUGAGCAUUAAGGUUAACCAAUAGAUGAAUUCAAUUCAGUAGAUCAAUACUCUGUAAGAUUACUACAGCAAAAUGAUUAUACAUUACUAUUUAUUAUUAUUAUUAUUUUUACAACAACGGUCAUUCAAACUGAA